CGGAUGCGUGUGGGGGUGUCCCCACAGUCCUGCAGAGGAGUGUGCUGUGAGGUGCCAGAGUGGACAGGAAGGGAACGGGAGGUGCGAGGAUGGAGCUGCCGCCACUGGCAGCGGCCGGGGCUGUGCAGAUGGAGGAAGCUGUCGAGAGGGCUGAGGAGAAGCGGCAGCAGUCCCCGAGCCCACCACCAUCGCCGGGAAACGGAAUGCCACGCAGAAGGAGCAUCUGCCUGCUGGUGCCUUGGGAUAAUGAACCACUGGUGCUGCCCCCGGGGCCUGACCCUGGCUACCCCAUCACGGCAGAGAUCAUAGAGGAGGAGAGGAAGGCAGCGCAGCAGCGGUUGUGCCGACUGCUGGGGCAAAAGUUCAUCCAGCCCUGCCUCUUGGACGCGGGCAAGAUCCAGGACCCAGGGAACUCUCAAGCGGCUAAAGGCAGGCAUCCAUCAUUCCCAUCAGUAAAUGGCAGUGCUGCUGGCCCCCCAGCUGCGGGGCUCCUGGUCCAGAGCAGCCCCAAGGCGGGACCGCAGUGA